AUGCCUUUCGAGAUAUCCCGAGAAUGGUCGUCCUACCACCUAAUCCCUCAAUCCGUUGACGUUGCCAUGAACCCACCAGAAUCCUACUUCUUCAUAACCGACUUCCUAAUCAUAGCUUGUGGCAUCCUCUACACACUCUGCUACAUGUUUUACACCAUCCGGACCUAUUCAGACCGAUACCUAGCCGGAACUGUGCAGUUUCUUUCUGCAACCAUGGCAUAUGAGAUUUACUACGCGUAUGUUUGUACCACCACGACUUUCCAACGAGCCUGCUUCUUUGUGUGGCUCUUGUUCGAUAUCACAUUUGUUACCGUGGCGCUCAAGUAUGCGUACAAGCCCGAGGAAAGAAGGAGAACGGUGGUGAAGCUGCUGUGGCAGGUACCGGCUUGGGCGGCAUGCUUGUGGUGGGUUGGGAAGGUGUGGCCGGAUGAGAGGGAACAGAAGACGGCGUUCUUUACAGGGCUGUAUCUGGAGUUGCCGAUUGGGUGGGGCCAAAUCUUGUAUCUGGUUCAGCGACAGGAUACCAAGGGCCAGAGUUUAGAGAUCUGGUAUGUCAAUAUUUGUUCUGGUGACGGACUGUCUUCUUUCUAG